GUAGAAAAUAAAAAAUCUCACUAAAAUCGUUCAAGUUGUUCUGAAUAAUUGUCUCAAAUUGUUAUUAAUUAUUUCUGGUAACAUUUCCUCUUUUUUUGUUUUAAGAGCGAAAAGAGAUAAGUACAUUGAAACUUGUUCCCCUAUCCCCAUUUCCUCCCUUUUUGUCUAUCUCACACGACUAUCAUCAUUUCCAUUCCAAGCUCCAUUCUCCGUAGUUCGUACAAAGUGCAAUGUGGAUCCGUGGAUGGUAUUGUCUAUUGAACUUAUGUAUCUGUUUAUAACAGCAUUGCUUGCUCUUUAGCACACUACAAUGAGAGAGAGAAAUAAACAAACGAACUUUUAACUUUUUGUUUGUUUCUUUUCUUUAUUUUUGUUUUGUUUUAUAUUUUUACCAUAUCGCCUUCGCCGCCGCCGCCAUGCCAAUAACCCAUACAAUCAAAUAAACAAAAACACACUAUAUUGCAUACGAUAAAAUAAACACAAAUACAAUCAUAAUAAAUAAAUUCCUAAAAAUCAUUGCCGCGCACCUCUCUUCAUCUAUCAAAGUAAAAGUAUCUACAGCACAUUCUACAACCAAAAAUCCAAUUCAAGUUUUUCAAUCUUUUAGAUGAGUUUUUGCUUCAGUAUCUGAGCGAUUUUCGACAAGUGACGGUCGACUUACGGCGUGAUACAAAACAAAAUUUCUAUAGUAGAUUAUUAUUAUUUUUUUUUCUUGUGUGUUUUCGAAAACAAAAAAAAAAAAGAAGAAAAUAGAUAAAGCAAAACCAUUCCUUGAGAAGUAGAAGAAAGAGAGAGAGAGUGCAAUAGUAAAAAAAGAUACGACUUUAAUUGAAGAAAUUAUAAAAAAAAAAUUCAUUGUGUUAUUUCUGUAUCUCUACUCUACUGAUAUAAACUCAUUGAAUUAGGUAAAAUAAUAUUUAAUUAUUUCAAAAACGGGAUAAAGUAUCUUUUUUUUUGUUCUGUUCUUGGAAUGUCCGUUUAGUCUCUAUGAAAAGUUGCGUGUAAAAUAUUUGCGGCGAAUUAAAAAAUAUCGCAGACAAAGAUAAAAGCAACAAGUAGCAAUAAACCUCCCUUUCCCCGGUUGUCUACUUGGAAUUGGUUAAUUUUUUCUGCCGUUUGUCGGUUCGAGUAUCGGCUUAUUGAUAUUGCAUUUUUCUAUCGAACUUUUAGCUCAUUUCUUUGGGAUUUCCAGUUAAGAAGAAGAAAGUUCAGUUCAGUUCUUAAACUUCAUUGAGAAAUAAUGGUUUCAUUUCAUUGAAAUCGGUUAUCAAGUUUUUUGUAUUUUAUUGUUUUCGGUUUAUGACAUUAUGAUGUGCGCUUAAGAUUGUGCACACUUCUUCAGAAAACAAAACAAAAAAAAAAAAAUAAAUAAAAAACAAAAAAAGUACUUAUUCCCCUUUUUCAAUUUAUAUACAAAAAAAAAGAUCAAAACGAAACAACGACGACGACGCAGAAAAUUAUAUAAGUAAUUUGAGUGCGCGCCCUCUAUAAUGUAAAAUAAAAUAAAAAAUGUGUGUAAAAAAAUAAAAGCACAACAAAAAAAAAUCUAUUAACGCAAAAUGAAGAAUGAAAUAUAAAAGAGAAAUGAAAGAAAUAUAAUUAAAAAAAAAAAAUUAAAACAAAAAAGAAAGAAAGAAAAUAAAAAAACAAUUAAGGGGCCAAAUCAAGCACUACGCCGCGUGCAGUUAAUAAGCUUAAAUAAAAAAUUGCAAAAGUGUGGGUUAGAAAAUUUGUGCGAGUGUUUUAGUGAAUUUAAAAAAUAAAAAAAAAAAAACAAAGUAAAUCCAACAACAACAACAAAAAAGUAUCUUCUCUCAGUUUUUUGUGUGUCUCUUCAUUAUCUUCUGUUUUUUUUUUUAUCAACUAUACUGGUAUUACCGUUUGUUUUUGUUUUUAAUUCUUUUUGGAGCAAUCUUCUUACAUACCUAUAUAAAAAAAAAUAUAAUAAUUAUUUUUAACUUUGUGUGAGUGUUUUAUAUUUUGAGUGUUAGUGUGUGUGUGUUAUAAUGCACGAUCAUCUUGUUACGGAUGAAUCUACACAGCAAAAGCAAAAUCAGCAAUACAAAUAUUAUAACAACAACAACGUCCAACCAACAACAACAUCAGCAACAACAACAAAUAUUUCAGUACGAAAUAAACACAACUCACACAAUACAACAACCGGAACAACAAACAGCAGCGAUACAACAGCAACAACAACAACCACACACUGUCAUCAAUCGAAUACAAUCCGAUAUUGGAAAUUGUAUCCGUGUGUGGCGACUAAAACAUAAAAAAGACAAAAGGAAAAAAGGAUUGCAUUUACGUAGUAUAGAAGAGCCUCAGCAAACAUCGAACAGGAUGCCGUCUGAGCAGGGGGGCACAGGAAUGGGACUCGAUAAUUUGGGAUCUCGUCCCGGUGUCCCCCUGCAAUUGCAAAUGCUUCCGUCAAAUCAACAAUGCUAUGAUGCUGAAUAUGCGCGUAUGGAAGCAUGGAUGGAUGAGAAUCAAGAAUUUGUACAGGAUUAUUUUAUAAGAAAAGCAACACGCCAAGUUGUUGAUGCAUGGUUGGUUUCACAUGCUACAUCAGCUGGUAAUGACGGUUCGCCUACACAUGGAAAUGUACAGAAUAGCUCAUCACGUGGUGGUUCUGGUGCCACCACGCCAGUAAGAAAAAUAUCAGCUCAUGAGUUUGAACGUGGUGGUCUACUUAAACCAAUUGUGAAUACAAUCGACGGGACACCGACAUUCUUAAGCGUUAGCACACAAAAUGAUUGCUCGGCAAACACGUCAUGCGGCCAACCAGGUGGAUAUGGUUAUCACAAUGGUGGUCAAUACUUUCAUCGACCGCAAAGGCUUUCGAGGAACGAACUAAAGCAGCUGGACGAGAAGGAAUUGAUUUUUGAAUUGGUAAAGGAUAUCUGCAACGAACUUGAAAGUCGAUCCUUGUGUCAUAAAAUUCUGCAAAACGUUUCAAUUCUCCUCAACGCUGAUCGAGGCUCGUUAUUUCUGGUACAAGGCAAAUGUAAUGGCUCGGAAGGAUCAAAAAAGUGUCUUGUGUCGAAACUUUUCGAUGUUUGUCCCCGAAGUACGGUAGAAGAAAUGGAACAACAGGAAGAAGUUCGAGUCGCAUGGGGCACUGGUAUCGCAGGACAUGUAGCUGAGAGUGGUGAACCAGUAAACAUACCAGAUGCUUAUAAGGACAACCGAUUCAAUUGUGAAAUAGACAGCAUUACAGGCUAUCGGACCAAAGCUUUAUUAUGUAUGCCAAUUAAAGAUUCAUCGGGGGAUGUAAUUGGUGUAGCACAAGUCAUCAAUAAAUUGGGUGGCGAACGUUUUACUGAAAACGAUGAAAAGGUAUUUGCUUCCUAUUUGCAAUUUUGUGGCAUUGGCCUUCGUAAUGCACAACUUUAUGAAAAAUCUCAAUUGGAAGUCAAACGAAAUCAGGUCCUGCUUGAUUUGGCCCGAAUGAUAUUUGAGGAACAGAGCACCAUUGAACACAUGGUAUUCCGAAUCCUAUCACAUAUGCAAAGUUUAAUACAAUGCCAAAGAGUUCAAAUAUUAUUGGUACAUGAAGCGUCCAAGGGCAGUUUUUCACGGGUUUUUGAUUUUGAGGCAAACGACUUAAGUGAAGAGGAUUCAAUAUCGAGAACAAGCCCAUUCGAGUCGAGAUUUCCAAUAAAUAUAGGAAUUACAGGUCAUGUCGCUACAACGGGUGAGACUGUUAAUAUACCAAAUGCAUACGAAGAUGAUAGAUUUGAUCCGAGUGUCGACGAAGGACAAACAUUCAAGCACAAAUCAAUCCUUUGUAUGGCUAUAAAGAAUUCAUUAGGUCAAAUUAUAGGUGUAAUUCAACUAAUAAAUAAAUUCGAUGAAAUGAUCUUUACCAAAAACGACGAGAACUUUGUUGAGGCGUUUGCGAUCUUCUGCGGCAUGGGUAUUCAUAAUACGCAUAUGUAUGAAAAGGCUAUUGUGGCAAUGGCUAAGCAAAGUGUCACUUUGGAAGUCCUUAGUUAUCAUGCAUCCGCAUCGAUGGAUGAUGCUCAUCGCUUGAGGGUAAGUACGCUUAAGGUUCCUUCUGCAGCGCACUUUCAACUGCAUGACUUUAAGUUUGAUGACAUCCACUUUGAAGAUGAUGAUACGUUGAAGGCUUGUUUACGAAUGUUCCUUGAUUUGGACUUUGUGGAACGUUUUCACAUUGACUAUGAAGUUCUUUGUCGAUGGUUAUUAAGCGUGAAAAAAAAUUACCGCAACGUUACGUACCACAAUUGGCGGCACGCCUUCAAUGUAGCUCAAAUGAUGUUUGCCAUUUUAACGGCCACACAGUGGUGGAAUAUUUUCGGAGAGAUCGAAUGCCUUGCCUUAAUCAUUGGUUGCCUGUGUCACGACCUUGAUCAUCGGGGGACCAAUAAUUCAUUUCAAAUUAAAGCCUCAUCACCCUUAGCGCAAUUAUAUUCCACAUCAACAAUGGAGCAUCAUCAUUUCGAUCAAUGCAUAAUGAUCUUGAAUAGUCCUGGGAAUCAAAUUUUAUCGAAUUUAUCAUCAGAAGACUACAGUCGUGUAUUAAAUGUUCUUGAGGAUGCAAUCCUUUCGACUGAUUUAGCUGUCUAUUUUAGGAAGCGCGGACCAUUUCUAAAAUAUGUCGAGGAGAAACCAAUGAGUUACUGGGUGUCCGAUGAGCCCCGUGCACUAUUACGUGCCAUGAGCAUGACAGUCUGUGAUUUAUCGGCUAUUACAAAGCCGUGGGAGAUUGAGAAGCGUGUUGCGGAUUUGGUGAGUUCAGAAUUUUUUGAACAAGGUGACAUGGAAAAGCAGGAAUUAAAUAUAACACCCAUUGACUUAAUGAAUCGGGAGAAAGAGGAUGAACUCCCGAUGAUGCAAGUGGGUUUUAUCGAUUCAAUUUGCCUGCCGAUUUAUGAGGCCUUCUCUCAACUAUCCGACAAACUAGAGCCUCUCGUCGAAGGAGUGCGAGAAAAUUCUCGCCAUUGGAUAGAAUUAGCCAAUCAAGUACAAAAUAAACCAAAUAAUCGAGGCUCAGCGGAUAGUAAUACACCCAAUGGCAAUAAAGGAGACGAACCUGAUCCCGAUCUUGAUGCAAGUCAAGAUAGUGACAACCUCUCGAAUGACUUUAAUUCCACGACAAGCAAUGGCUCAACACCACCUCCCGAAUGUCAGGAGAACGAUGAUACAUCAUCCUCGCUGCAAGCAAUAGUUCCACAUUUCCCAGUCAAAGUAAUGACAGCUACCCGAAGUCGAACACUUCGCAAUAGUACCUCACAAUCAGUAAAAUCAAAAAACUGUAAAAACUGUGAGCUCAUGCGAAAUAAUAAUAUCCGCAAAACGGCAAGCCUUAAGGAACAAAGUGAACUCCAGCAAAUAUUGCUGUCCCAACAAAAAUCCCCCCAAAACGGUACAAGUUACUACAGCAACAGUACGCCCUCGGCUCUGGGCAGUUCCGAAGGCGGCAUUGCCCACCAACAUACAACAGAGAGUGAUAAGAUACCAAAAAUCGUAGGUAAAAUCGGAAACAAUGAUCGGCAGUUCUUCUUUUCGCAAAAUCAAAAUGGAAUUAUUUUCGAGCAAAAUGGACAGCUACCGUUCAUGCCGGGUGACCUGCAGCGUAGAAGGCAUUCCGAAACUAAUGGCUGUUUCACAAAAACCACAAUAUUUGACAAAUAGGUGUCAUUUGUGCAUUUGGCUGCAACCAUUCGGAUUAAUCCAGAAAGAAAAAAGAAUUAUUAAAAACAUUAUGAUAAUAUCAUAAAUAAAAAACGACCUUAAACGAGUUCUUUCAAUAAAAUAUUAUUUUUUUUUUGAGUAUUUGUUUUUUGUAAAAUGCUUGUAAAUAGUUAAAUUAUAAACAAAAAAUUAGACUUAAGAGAAUGAUUUAAUAUAGCGAGUUUGAUAUCGAGAAACACAAAGUGAUUGUAUAAUUUUGUUGUGGAACAAUAUUUAAAAAAUAGUGUUUCCCAAAAAUGUUUAAAUAAGGUUUUAACGAUUUUAAAGAUCUACAUUAGUUUCUUAUUUAUAUUUUUAAAUAUAUAAGCUUAUAACAAUAAAUGUAACGUUUAGUGAUAAUUCAUUUUAAAUUGCUAUAAUUACAAAAAAAAAAAAAACAAAAAAAAUUGCGGAACAACAAACCCUCCCACACAAACACAUAUACA